UUAAGGUUCGUUCUUUCAUUCUGUUGAUUUUUUGUGGAGAAGCCGAAGAGAGAAUUUGAAAGACUGAGACUUUGAAGCUGCAAGUUUAUAAUUAUGGCGAAGCGAGAGCUUUCUAGCACUUUGAGGAACUUGAAGUUCAUGCAGAGGGCGGCGCUGAGAGAAGAGAAAACGAAGAAAGAGGAACUCCAACCUGAUCUCGCUGCAACUACCACCGUUACUCGAAGAUGUGUGGUCAUAAUGGAAGGUGAUCCCCAUCCAGGGGCAGCAAGAGGUCGUAUGUCAUUUCAAAGUUUUAAUCCUUCUGUUGAUAAAUUAAAUGAGGAAGAAGCUAAACUUCAGCAGCCAGCUGCUGAAACUAAUAUUUCUAGAAAUCAAAGUGGAAAUGAGUCUUUUAGAGAAAACAACUCUACAACAGAAGGUUCGGAACGUGUUAAUGGCAAUGGGAAAAGGAAACAGGCUGAAGUUAAUUGUGAAGAACAAUAUCCAAACAAAUCACCCAAGAAUGAUGAUGAUGUUGAUAAUCAAUCUACUCCAAAAAAUAGUUUGGGCUCUUUUAGAAAACCAAAUGUAGAUAAGCUGGACUGGAAUGUCCUUCGAUCGUCAAAAGCCAAACAAAAAAGAUGAGUUCACUGGACAUGUGGAUUGCUUACAAGAAGUUAGUUUUGGUUCCGUGACAUGCUUUAGUUGUGUUUGUACGUUUUGUAUUUUUAGAUACAUCAAUGUAUUUGUAAUUCAACUAAUCUGCUUUUUUGACCUC